GCGCAUCCGGCGUGGAAGCUUCCAGGCGCUGAGCUGUGCGCGAUGCAUUCUGGGCAGGAGACGGGUGGAACUGCCGCCAUUUCGUGCUGACUGUGAGAAGUGAGAAGACGCUGCGCCAGAGUGGCGGCCUGACGUCUCAUCAGCCAUUCCAGCCUUCAGAGGAUCCGGUGUGAACGCCUGGAGGCCAGACAUGGGCUCCGAUAAGCGUGUGAGUCGCAGCGAGCGGAGCGGGAGAUACGGGUCAGCAUUCGAUAGAGAUGAACGUGAUGACCGAGUGUCCAGACCCCGGCGCAGAGACUCCAACGAGUACAAAAGAUAUCGGGAUGACCGUGAUGAUCGAUACGACGAUUACAGAGACUACGACAGUCCUGAUCGAGAUCGUGAAAGGAGGAACAGCGACCGCUCAGAGGACGGUUACCAUUCAGACGGCGACUACAUGGACCACGACUAUCGCAAUGAUUACUAUAUGGAUGAGAAGGAGAGCAAGACCAUCAUGCUGCGAGGCCUCCCUAUAAACAUUAGCGAGAGUGAUAUUCGAGAAUUGGUGGAGUCCUUUGAAGGCCCUCAGCCUGCGGACGUGAGGCUGAUGAAGAGAAAGACAGGUUUAAGCCGCGGUUUCGCCUUCGUGGAGUUUUAUCACUUGCAAGAUGCUACCAGCUGGAUGGAAGCCAAUCAGAAGAAGCUGGUGAUCCAGGGGAAGACCAUCGCUAUGCAUUACAGCAAUCCCCGCCCCAAGUUUGAGGACUGGCUGUGUAAUAAGUGUGGUCUCUACAACUUUCGAAGACGACUAAAAUGCUUCCGUUGUGGCGCAGCCAAAACUGAAUCUGAUGUGGACGCACCUUCUGGAGCCUCAGAUGCUCCGCAGUCGGCCGAUUACUACAGUGACAGUGGCUAUGUAUCCUCAGCCAUUAUCCUGCGUAACAUCGGGCCGCACACAGUGGUGGAUUCCAUCCUGGCUGCGCUGGCUCCUUAUGUGUCACUGGUGGUGAGCAACAUCCGGCUUAUCAAAGACAAGCAGACCCAGCAAAACCGAGGCUUUGCUUUUGUCCAGCUGCCCUCCGCUCUGGAAGCGUCGCAGCUGCUGCAGAUUCUCCAGACUCUUCAUCCUCCUCUCAAAAUUGAUGGGAAAAUAAUUGGAGUCGAUUUUGCCAAGAAUGCUAGAAAGGAUCUUGUACUGCCAGAUGGGAACAGGGUUAGCGCCUUCUCAGUAGCGAGCACAGCCAUUGCAGCUGCUCAGUGGUCGUCCACACAGGCUCAGCAAAGCGGGGAUAGUGCGGAAUAUGGAUAUGCUCAGCAAGGGCAGGAGGGCUAUGCACCAUAUGGACAGUACUCCCAGGAGUAUCAGCAGGUGUACGCGUCUCCGACUGGUGGAGCAGAGCAGGGAGCAGCUACCUCAGCAGAAGGAAGCACGCCAGCCGCCAGCACUGCCGCAGUAGUGUGUCAGAGUCCACAGCUCUACCAGCAGCCGGGGUCUCCGACACAGCCAGGCACCAGCGCUACUACCAGCACAGCCUCCACAUCCUCUGCCACUACAGAAGAAACCUCUGCCGCUCCUAACUCCAUCAUCCCGGGUGUGAAAUAUGCUGUUCCUGACACAUCCACGUACCAGUAUGACGAAUCGUCAGGAUACUACUAUGACCCUCAGACUGGUCUUUACUAUGAUCCCAAUUCUCAGUAUUACUACAACUCUGCAAGCCAGCAAUACCUGUACUGGGAUGGUGAGAAACAGACGUACCUACCUGCAGUAGAUGGUACAGCACAGGGCACAGCACCCACAAAUGGGACUGCAUCCUCUACAGCAAAUUGCAAGGAAAGCAAGGAGAAGAAAGAAAAACCAAAAAGCAAGACUGCCCAGCAGAUUGCUAAAGAUAUGGAGCGUUGGGCAAAGAGCUUGAAUAAGCAGAAGGAAAAUUUUAAGAACAGCUUCCAGCCCCUGAGUGCCCGGGACGAGGAGAGGAAGGAGUCCGCAGCUGCGGAUGCAGGAUUUGCCUUGUUUGAGAAGAAGCAAGGAGCGUUACUGGAGAGGCAGAUUCUGCCAGACAUGAUGAUGUUGGUUAACACGGAGGAGGAGAGGCCGCCCAAGAGAGCGCUGGUUGCAGCGUACAGCGGUGACAGUGAUAACGAAGAUGAGGCCGAUCGGCUGCAGGGGAUGCUGGAUGAGGAGAAACUAACCGAUUGGAAGAAGCUGGCGUGCUUACUGUGUCGCAGGCAAUUUCCAAACAAAGAUGCCCUGACGAGACACCAGCAGCUGUCCGACCUGCACAAGCAAAACCUUGAUGUGUAUAGAAGGUCCCGGCUCUCCGAUCAAGAUCUGGAAUCCCUGGAGCUGCGGGAGAGGGAGUCAAAAUACCGCGACCGAGCAGCAGAGAGGAGGGAGAAAUACGGCAUCCCGGAGCCACCAGAGCCCAAGCGCAAGAGGCAGUAUGAUGCCGGCGUAGUGAACUAUGAGCAGCCAACGAAGGACGGGAUUGAUACCAGUAAUAUCGGCAACAAAAUGCUGCAAGCCAUGGGCUGGAAGGAGGGAUCUGGACUCGGCCGAAAGAGUCAGGGAAUCACGGCUCCCAUCCAGGCGCAGGUCAGGAUGAGGGGUGCGGGGCUGGGCGCAAAAGGAAGCUCGUAUGGAGUCAGCACGUCAGAUUCUUACAAGGACGCGGUCAGGAAAGCCAUGUUUGCUCGGUUCACGGAGAUGGAAUGAAUGGAUGAUUAAAUAUGAACUAUUCCUUUUUGGGGGCAGAAGUGGUCAGCAGGAGCGGUCCCCUCCCCCACAGCUUUGGAGUGGAGCCCCCUGUAAAUAUGUAUCAUACGACUGUACAGUGUAAAUAUGUUUUUGUUCUGUGAGACGUUUGGGGUGUGAUGGGUCCCCUCGGUAAUGGAGGCUCCUCAGUGACCCAGUAUGCCACCUCGUCCUCUUUAUACAGGUUUAAAUUUGUACAUUUUUCCUUUUUUCCCAAAGAAAUAAAUUUCGGAGCAAAAUCCA